UUGCUUGCUUUAAAUUCCUUCUAAGCAAAUGCUUGGGGUAUGGAAUUGUGUUAGGUUCUGCGCUUGUAAAACUUCCUCAGAUCGUCAAAAUUUUAAAAACUGGCAGCGCAAAAGGAUUGAGCAUCCCUGCCGGUCUCCUAGAACUUGCAUGUUACGCUGCAACCAGUUCCUAUUCUUUUUACCACAAGUUUCCAUUCAGCACCUAUGGAGAUGCUACAUUUCUGGCGGCACAGACCACAGUGAUCAGCUUUUUGACCAUAUCAUGGGAAAUUUCUUAUCUCUGUGGCAUGAUCUUUUUGAGCUUUUGUGCGUGUUUCGCCGCAUACGCCAUGUCACCUGCAAUCAACCUUUCAUUCCUUAUUUUAAUGCAGAUGGCGAAUACUCCCGUCAUUCUAUUCUCGAGGGGACUUCAGAUUUUUGCAAACUUUCGCAAUGGCAGCACUGGACAGCUAUCGGCGAUUUCCGUUUGGCUAAUGACCGUUGGCUCACUUGCUCGUAUCUUCACUUCAGUCCAGGAGACUGGUGAUAUGCUCGUCGUUCUCAACUUUGUCGCUAGUUCUCUUGUUAAUCUUGUGCUUUCAUUUCAAAUUGUCUAUUAUUGGAGGUCACCGUAUUUGGACCAGAAGAGCAAGCACGAAGAGGAGGUUGAUAACAAAAAAACUCAAUAA